AUGAUGUCGAUCACCUCCGCCGCUGCCGCCGCCGCCGCCGGCAGCCCGGUCUACACGCCGCUCGUCUCCAGGGGCGGACGGCGCAGCAGGUGCUCCGUCCGAGCCCAAGCGUCGGAGCAGAAGUCGCUGGAGAUAAUGCGCAAGUUCUCGGAGCAGUACGCCCGCCGCUCCAGCACCUUCUUCUGCUCCGACAAGUCCGUCACCGCCGUCGUCAUCAAGGGGCUUGCUGACCACAAGGAUCAACUCGGAGCACCUCUCUGCCCCUGCAGGCAUUACGACGACAAGGCCGCCGAGGCGGCACAAGGGUUCUGGAACUGCCCGUGCGUCCCCAUGCGAGAAAGGAAGGAGUGCCAUUGCAUGCUUUUCCUUACGCCCGACAACGAUUUUGCCGGAGAGGACCAGGCUAUCAGCUUGGAGGAGAUCAAGGAGGCGACGUCCAAGUACUAA